AUGACGGAAGCACUUUCACUGAUGUAUGGGAUUGAUUCACCGGCACGAAGUUUGGUUAAUAUUCCAGCCGAGCAGGACAGGACGCUGUUUCUUGUCGGUACUUUAUCGCUAAAACAACAAGAAAACCAGAUUUGUUUGCUAGAGGUGGACGACGACUGGCUUCAGAUCACCAAACGAUCAUUUCCGCAUCGAGCCGGAGAAAUUUGGCAUAUGUCUAGUUCGCCUGUUGAUCCGGAAAUCGUUGCUACAUGUUAUGUUAGCUACCAUCCACUUGUUUUGGUAUUACGGACCGGCUUUCUAACGGCCGUAAUUUAUUAUCCAUCUUAUAAAAGAGCUGAAUUCCAUCCAGGUGGUAACAAAGCUGCUAUUGCUGUUGGUCGUUCUAUACAUUUUGCUGAUGUAACAAGCUCACUGAAGAGCAAGACUCCGAUCAGUGCGCUAACAUGGAAUCCACAUACAAACGGAAAUACAGUAGCAGUAGCUUUUGAUGAUUCAGUGAAAGGAAUUGACACUCGUAGUCUCGAGGAUGCAUUUUGUAUCGUUCGCGCCAAUUCACCACGUGUUCGAAAUUUAGAUUUCAAUCCUAAUGUACAGCAUAUUAUGGCAACAUGUGGUGAUGAUUGCCGAGUGGCUCUAUGGGAUUUGCGUAAAACAAACGAACCAUUAAAAGUUUUACAGGAUCACACACAUUGGUAA